AAGAUUACAUCUGACAAUCUGACUAGGACGUCCGCUCUUUCUCACCGUCCGAUCUAAGCAAAAGCGACAAGAGCCCGUCAACACCGUCAACGUCUCACUCUCCUACUCUCACGCGUGUUAGCUACGCGCACCGUCCUCUUCUUUGCUAAUUCACUUCCUUCUGUCACUCCUUCCCACUCAGUCAGAUCCCAACUACACCAAAUUCUCUCUCUCUCUCUCUCUCUCUCUCUCUCUCUCUCUCUCUCUCUCUCUCUUCUUUCUCUUUCUAACUUUACUUUUCCUUCAUUUCACUUUUUCUCGACUACCAAACACUAUUCUCUCUUUCUAUCUCUCUCUCUUACGAGACUCUGUUCUCAUCAUCUCUAAAAACCUCUGGUAAUUUUCUGGUUCUGGCUGCAAGUGUGAGUCGUGGAGAGAUCGGAGAUUGCCGCAUUAAGAUUUUCUGGUUAGGUUAGUGUUGAAGCUUCGUGUAACAAUGGAUACGAACAAGGCAUGGCUUUGGAGAAAGAAAUCGAUAGAGAAGAAUAGUGUUGCGAUUGAUAAACCUUUGAAAGGGAACGAAGAUGAGAUACAGGCUCUUCUGGAUGAGAAAGUGGAACUUGAGAAGAGCUUGAAAACUUUAAAUGAUAAACUUUCAUCUGCUCUCUCAGAAUGCAACUCUAAAGAUGAACUUGUAGAGAAACAUGCAAAAGUGGCCCUAGAAGCUAUGAAGGGCUGGGAGAAUGCAGAAGAAGGUGCGGCGUCUCUGAAGUUACAACUGGAUGAAGCUUUGCAGCAGAGAGUUGCUAGAGAAGAAAGGUUAAGUCAUUUAGAUGCAGCCCUCAAGGAAUGUAUGCAGCAGCUGAGAUUUGUUCGGGAUGAGCAACAGCAAAGAAUUCAUGAUGCUGUGAUGCAGACUUCAAGGGAAUUCGAGAAGACGCAGAAGGUUUUAGAGGAGAAGUUAGCAGAAACAAACAAAAGGCUUGCCAUGGUAGCUGCUGAGAAUGCUCAUCGUGGCAAGACUCUUGUGCUGAAGGAAAAAUUGAUAGAGGAAUUGAGUAGACAGUUGAGUCAGGUGGAAGCAGAUUUCAGCUCACUAAUGAAUAGAUUAGAAUCCACUGAAAAAGAUAAUGCUGCCUACAAAUAUGAGAUUAGAGUGCUGGAGAAAGAGCUUGAGAUCCGUAAUGAGGAGAGGGAAUUCAAUCGUCGAACUGCUGACGCAUCACACAGGCAGCAUUUGGAGAGCGUGAAGAAAAUCGCGAAGUUGGAAUCUGAGUGUCAGAGGCUGCGUCUCCUGGUUAGGAAGCGACUGCCUGGCCCUGCUGCCGUGUUGAAAAUGAGAAAUGAAGUUGAAUUGCUGGGAAGGGAUUAUACUGAAACGAGAAGAAACUCCAUGGGAAACAGCUCCUUAGAUACACACAGCAAAAGGAUUAUCCUACUUACUGAGCAGUUAUGUGCUAUGGAAGAAGAAAACAAAGCUCUUCGAGAUGUGCUCAUUAAAAAGACAAACGAACUCCAAUCCUCAAAAAACAUGUCCCCUCAUAAAGCUUCCCAACUUUCACAAGCCGAGUCACAGAUUGAAGAGUCUUUGAAAGGUUCAACGUUAACAGAGCCAAGAAGAAAUAGUUUUGCUUCACACGAGCUCUCCCUUGCAUCAAUGUCCGAGGUUGACAGUGAUGAUAAGGCUAGCUGUGCUGAAUCAUGGGCUUCUGCUUUAAUUUCAGAAUUGGAACACUUCCGAAAUGAAAAACAGAAAGGAUCUCUAUCAAAAAGUGUUGGAGCCUCAGACAUAAAUUUGAUGGAUGACUUUGUUGAAAUGGAAAAACUAGCUGUAGAUUCUGUCAACAAACCAGCUGGUGAGAAUUCCUCAGAAGUAGGGGGCAGUCAAAUAGUUCCAGUUUCUGAUAGUGAAUCUGGAUUCAGUGACUCAAAUCAAGAAAUUAAGCACUCUUUCAAUGGGGUCCCUGUUUGGCUUCAAGAUGCCUUAGAACUGGUAUUGGAGCAAAACCGUGCAACAGGAAGAAACUUCGAAGAUAUAAUUGAGGAUAUUAAAUUAGCUUUGGCGCAUAGCACACGUCCAAAGCCUGGUGAACUUGCUCUUGCAAGGGAAGGCUCAAAUGAAUUUGAUGAAUCUAAUCUCUCUGAUGCAAAAAAAUCACUAGAAAUGGAUUCAUCUAGUGGAAGGACUGAUGUGAACAUCUCACAAGAUAAGAACAAUCAACAGCUCCAGCCAGAUAUGAGUAAAUUCAUCUGCAAGAUGAUUGAGCUUGUUGAAGGGAUCGGUAUACCAUCUGAGUUGAAGAAUUCUGAGUCACCUACAGGCUACAUGGUCCGUGUCCUCCAGUGGAAAUCUUCUGAACUCAGUGAUGUUCUACAGCAAUACUUGCAUGCUUGUUAUGAUCUAUUGAAUGGAAAGGCUGAUGUUGGAAAAUUCGUUGAAGCAUUAACUUCGUCUCUGGAGUGGAUAAUAAAUCACUGCUUUUCUCUUCAAGAUGUUUCAAGCAUGAGGGAUGCCAUUAUAAAGCAAUGUGAUUGGGAUGAAUCAAGGAGUGAAAGCGAAGCAGAAGCCGGGUGUAUCGGUCACUUUGCAGAAGCAGACCGAGCACACAUUCCGAGACAACAACAGUUGUUACAUUCAAAUGAAGAAAGCAUAAUAUUGAAGAAUGAAAAGAAAGAAUUGGAAGGGAGACUUCAGUCAGCUACCGAUACGAGAGAAAACCUAACGAAGCAACUUCAGGAAUCUCGAAAGGUUAUUGAAAGCCUACAAGCAGAAUUGCAAGCUUUUAAAAAAUCAAAGGAGAUGAUUGAGGAUCAAAUUGAAAAUCAGAAGAUGAUGAAUGAAGAUCUCGACACACAGUUGAAUGCGGCCAGAGGAGAACUAAUCGAAGCUCACCAAAACUUUAUGACUCUAGAGGUUGAGCUGGAUAACAAAAACCACUCUUUUGAAGAAUUGCAGACUACAUGUGUUGAGUUACAACUUCAACUUGAAAGUCUGAAGAAGGAAACCUCAGACGACACCAACCUUAACGAGGAACAAAAGCAACUUAGAAGUGAUCAAGAGAUAACAGCUGCUACAGAAAAGUUAGCAGAGUGCCAAGAGACAAUCAUAAACCUCGGGAAGCAGUUAAAAUCGUUGGCUACACCGAAAGAAGCUGUACUCUUCGAUAAAGUAAUCAUUAAUCCAAGUAACACUGAUAAAACUGUCACUAACACCAAAACACCAACCCCGAAAGAAGAUAACAAGAACACCAAUCAUCGAACAUCUCUACUAGAUCGAAUGCUAGCAGAAGACGACACUCCAACUAAGAAUUUCAAAUCACCCGAAACCAAAGAAAUCGACAACAACUCGACUACUACGAAUACUAAAUUAGGUUCUCACAAGGUAAUAGAGCCAUUAGAAAACAUUAUUUUCCCUAAUGGCAAAGAACAAGAUAAGAAUAAUGUUGCAGUUGAUAUGUUAGCUAUUGUUCCUUCGAAGAAACAAGGGAGUGGUGGGGGUUUGUUUAGGAAGUUACUUUGGAGAAAGAAGAAAAGUAGUAAGAAAAUCCCUAUUCCUUUUCCUUCAUAACGGGAAUUAUUGCUAUUAUGAUGUAAGUGAUGUUAAUGUUGUGCUGAUCAUGUUCAUGUUUAUGUUCCUAACAUAUGUGGUUUGGUUUGUAAUAGUUCCAAAGUUGCAAAAAAAUAAAGUAAUGAUAAUAAUAAUAAUGAAAAAGCUUUAGUUUAUGUUUACAA